ACUUCCUCUUGCCUACUCACCUGAAUUUAUAAGGAAAGGAUUUUACGUAAGGGAAGGAUAAUAUUACAAUUGGGCAUGUCGUUGUGCGUUCUCACUAAUUCAUAUCCUCCUCCGAAGCACAAUCAAACAUCCACAAUUUGCUGGACCAUUCACAACUUGCUCAAGUGUGGGUAGUACAUACGCAUCUGUCCACCGUCAUUUCCUCCAGGCGUCUCCAUCUCCCUCCUCCCCGUUUUCCCUCCUCUCCUAGCUAUACAGAUGCUGCGCUGUCCCUCUCAUGUCAUGUCCAUGGACAGCAUGUCAACAGUGCACUCGUAUCCACCAACACCGUCCGCCGCCCCCAUCAUGAUCACCCCUUCCACACCACAAAGUUUCAGCGCGCUAUUGCAAGAAAUACCCCAGUCACCAAUUGCAGCACAGAAGCGUGCCCCUCGUCCUCAGGCAACAAAAAUAUCACAAUUCUUGUUCGCACCGCCCUUCACACCGCACAUCCCGGGACCUCAGUCAGGCGAUCAGACACGUACACUGUCGAUGUUUAAAAACAGACAUAGAUUGUCCCAGAUUAUUCGGACGACCCCGACGCCUUUGUUGACCUUCCAUGACCGCACGCCCGUACUUGCGACGGCGUCAGUGACGGGUCUCCUCGAGAUUGACAGAGCGGAGGAAUGUAUAUUGGGAGUUGAUACGAGCUUUUGGAUCGCUGUUGCCUUGGCGUAUUGGAGAGCUACUUGGCUGCAGUCAGCGGUUAGACUAUAUCUCUUAUACCUAUACCCCGCUGUCCACUUGCUGUCAUCACGCUGUAUUGUAUUAAUCUGAAUAGUCAUUUUUCUAUGGAAGUCCUCGGAUUCGUGUUCCAUAUAUCGAAGGUCCGAAUCUCGCGGAAAUGGAAAGGCGGCGAAUAUACGCACGCCGCAGCGGACAGAAUAUAUACACAGCCUUGUCAUUCUUACGUUGCUCGAGCAGACAUAGGACUCGGGGAUGCGAAGAAAACCACUCGCGCACUCAACGCCUUUACACGGGUCCAUUCCCAUAUUUGUGCUGUAUAAGCCCCAUACUCCUUGGAUUCAUCAGCGCCAGUUUCACCAGCAACGGGUUUGGACUUUCGAGCCUCGGACUCUAGAUAUAAUACAUCGAACAAGACAUACACCCGGGCGACCUCGACGGAACUUGUACGAAUUAGUGACUUGGUCCCACAGGUGCUUAAAGUCAGUGU